AUUCUAUCUUCAAGUCUUGAGUACCCACCCAACUGCACCAUGGAAAAUUCAAGUGAUGUUGAAAACUCUCUUGUGCCAAAAUACUUGCAAGAAUAUGACUUAGGCCAAGAAUGCAAGGAAUUAAUACCCACUUUACCAUUAGAAAAAGGUUGGAUUACAAGUCACUUCCAUCAAUAUGAAGGAUUUUGGCUUGCAACAAGGAUUCUUCAAAGUGUUUUAUAUAUCUUGUCAAAAACACUUUCAAUCCCUUGAUACUCAUGAUAUUUUAGUUACCACUCCAAAAGCUGGUACCACUUGGCUCAAAGCAUGGACUUUUGCUUUGCUAAACCGCGACAAAUAUCCAAAUAUUGUUGAUCAUCCUUUGCUCACUUCCAACCCUCAUUCUCUUGUUCCUUUCUUGGAGUAUGACCUUUACUAUGACAAAGAUUUUGUUCCUGAUCUCAACUCAUUAUCACCUCCUCCAAAACUCUUCUCUACACACAUUCCUUAUGAUUCAUUACCAAAAUCCGUGAAAGAGUCAACUUGCAAGGUGGUGUAUCUUUGUAGAGAUCCUAAAGACACUUUUGUUUCACAUUGGCAUUUCACAAACAAUCUAAGAGCACAAAGUAGAGGGACACUUCCAUUAGAAGAGGCAUUUGAGAGUUUUUGUAAAGGAGUGAGUUCUUUUGGACCCUUUUGGGAGCAUGUAUUGGGAUAUUGGAAGAAAAGCUUGGAGAGACCGGAAAAGAUUAUGUUUUUGAAAUAUGAAGAAAUGAAGUUGAAGCCUGGUUUUUAUUUGAGAGAGAUUGCUAAGUUUUUGGAGUGUCCAUUCUCCAAAGAAGAAGAAUCCAAUGGUGUGGUUGAUGAUAUAUUGAAUCUGUGUAGUUUCGAGAAGCUGAGCAACUUGGAGGUCAAUAAGACUGGAAAAGUUUCGUUUCACAUGGAAAACAAAUAUUUUUUUCGUCUAGGCCAAGUUGGAGACAGCAAAAAUCUUCUCACAACUGAAAUGAUUGAGCAGUUAAAUGCUAUCACUGAAACUAAAUUGGCUACACAUGGGUUGAGUUUUUAG